AUGGUAACAGCAACAUUUGGCAAGACUAAUGUAAAUGAUCCAAGUGUUAAAUUAUUUCAACCAUUAUCAAAAAAUUUUAUUCUCAAUCGUCUUUUGUCAAUUGCGCCAAAAGAAGCUGUUUUAGGAAGAAAAUCAAUUACAACAUUAUCAAGAACGAAUGGUCCAAGUACUCUUACAAAUACAUACGUGAUAUUAAAAUCCCUCAUUAUUCAACCUGAAGAAUUGAGAGAUGUAGUACCUGCAUAUGUUUCAAAUCAAGAUUUACUCUAUAUUAACUCAGUUCUGUAUGAAGCAGAAAUGAGAGAAUUAACAGAAAGCAAGGCAGAGAAAUCCGAAAUUAAUUUUCUACCCUUAAUGAAGAUACAUAAUAAUAAUGGUAAUAAUUCUGAUGAUGGUAAUGAUGAUGGUAGUAGUAAUUUAUCUAAAUGUUCUUCAAUACAAAUUCGAAGAAGCAUUUUGCCAGAAGAAGAUGUUUUUUGGAAGUACAACAGAAUUCAAAGUUGGAUUGAUGACUUUGACGGCUAUGUUGAUGUGAUCGAAAAGGAACCGUCAUCACCUGUAUUAUCAAAUAUUGAUAUAUUUGAAAUAAAUGAAAAUUUAAAAACAGAAAUUAAUUCUAUUCAAGGUGAUAAUGAUGAUGAACAAAUGAUAUUCUUGUUUAACGAAACUGGUCAACAAUUAUCAACAAAUAAUUUAAAUGGUUUUAAUAUUUUUCAAAAUAUUUUAUCGAAUCCAGUGAAUUUAACACAAGAUGAAUUCAUUUCAUUAAUGACUCCACGUGGAAGUCAAUUAACAGAAGAAUUUCAAUCUGUUGGAGAUGUUAUUAAAACUAUUAAUAUAAAUGAUACAUGCAAACGGGUUAUCAAUUUAGGUCCAUCAUUAAAUGAAAAUUGGCCAAUACAAAUGCUUUGGGAAAGUUAUAUACAUAAUGGUUAUCAUCAUAUUAUUAUUAGUUCUAUUGUGAAAGUUCAUAACAAUACAACAAUACCAUUAUAUAUAUUAAAUAUGAACUCUACUGAUACAAAGCAACUUAAUAUAAUUUCCAAAAUUGAUGUCAAUGACGAAUGUUAUGUACCAAUUGCUGUACUUUAUCAACAUCCAAGUUUAUGCAUAUUUAUUGGUAUUCAUAUAGAAGAAAAUCAUGCAAAAAUAAACAAUUUCUUUUCCUUCGAAUGGGAUAAAGACUUUCCAAUGAAAAAAAAAGUUAUAUUACAAAACGGAAAAGAAAAAUAUUUUAUUAUUCAUAAAGAACAACAUGAAGUCUAUUCGGAAGAUACUGAUCUUAGUGGAACAGCUUUUACAUUUUUUAUUCAUUCAGCUGGUUAUGUAAAUGAUUAUUCAUGUGCUUGA